GUUUUCAUUUUUAGAAAAUUUGUUUUGACAUUUCGCGUUUGUAAAAAUCUAGUGUUUUGGAUAAAUUACUUUAAAUUAAUGCAAAUGCCGCAGGAAAGCCAUAAUGAAGUCCAUGAUGAUAGUGAGGAUGAAGAUAAUGAGGAAAAAAGAACUAUAUUUUGUGCGAAUCUUGAUGAGAGAGUAACAGAGGAUUUAUUAUACGAAGUGUUCUUACAAGCGGGCCCCAUUGAAAGUGCUCGAAUACCAAAGGACCAGAAUGGGAGACAGCGUACUUUUGGCUUUAUUACAUACGUACACAAGUGUACACUGCCCUAUGCCAUGCAAUUGUAUCAAGGUCUAUCAUUAUACCGCAAAACAUUAACUAUAAAAUAUCAGGGCCGAACACAACAAUCGCCGAUGGGAAAUUACACAUCUCCCGGUUACAAUAAACGUCCUAGUUAUGACAAUUCAUCACUACGGUCUGGUAAUUAUGUGUCCUAUAACGAUUGCCCGCCAAGAAAUCCUUUUCAAGGAAAUUACUCUCCGGAUUGUCCAACCGGAUCUGGUAAGCAUCAAGACAAUAUUUCAAAGCACGCCUCAUCUCAGAGACGACCCCAUACAAAUACCAGUCCCUACCAAAGAAACAGUACCGGCAGUGAAGAUCGUUUUCGUGAUCGCGAAAGAGAUAGGGAUCAUAAUAAAAGACGCCAUUACAAUAAUGGUAGUAAUCGCCAUUCCGAUCAGCGUAGUGGUAGCGGAAAACAUCGUAGAUAGCAAAUUAUAUGCUACCUUGUUGCGUCGUGGACAAUGUGGCAACGAUUGUUGCUUAUAACAAUUAUCAAAAUUUACAAAAAAUUUAUAAAAAUACAUUGUAUAUAUGCUGAUGAUACAGUACACAGCCUUAAACAAACAAAAAAAAUCGUUUUUAACUUUAUAAUAUGUCUCAGGAAUUUUUACAUACUCUUAUCAGUACUUUAAAUAUUAUAAUUUUGUUUCUUAAUACGAAGUUUAUUAUACAUACAUUUAA